AUGUUGGGACCUCUAUCUUUCAAAAACAGCCUCUGCGACCUAGGAUCAUCAGUCAGCCUCAUGCCUUUGUCCGUAGCAAAGAGACUGGGAUAUCACAAGUAUCAAGCCUGCGGAAUCUCACUAGUUUUGGCAGAUAGAUCGAUAAGGUUACCAACUGGAAUGCUUGAAGACCUGCCUUUGAGAAUAGGGAAUGUAGAAAUCCCCACCGACUUCAUUGUGCUUGAGAUGGAUGAGGAACCAACAGAUCCAUUGAUACUAGGAAGGCCAUUCCUAGCUACAGCAAGAGCAAUGAUAGAUGUCUGUGAAGGCACAAUUGAGCUAAACUUGGGAAAGGACCUAAGAUGA